GAUGCAGAAAGGGAAAAGAAAGCAGUUUUGCCGACCCUCAGCUAACACUCGAAACAUCACAUCACAAAUACACAACCUCUCAAGAUGACCCCAUUGGCACUGGUAUGGACAACGGUGUGUUUGUGGACAACAGUGUACAGCCUGAUACCAACCGAGUCCCACUUCGUCCGCUACCCCCCGAUCAACGAUACAGAGGUCCUCACCUGUGAGUGUUCAAGCCGCUCCUGCCAGACGGUCUUUUGGUUCCGCACUUUCCACAACAACUCCGGCUUCCAGUUCCUUCUUAGCCUCAACAAUGCUGACCGGACCAGCCACGGACCCAAUCUGGAUAAACACCGGUUCAAGGCCAGUAAGCGUGACAGGGGGAUUUUCACACUGCGCAUCAUUAAGAUAAGGGCAGAGGACGCAGGGUUGUACUCUUGUAUGCUCCAGAACCAGAAAGAGAACGAGCUGUGGAGGCCAGGAGUUCUUCUCAGACCUGGAGAGACUCGCCCAACAUUAACCCCUGUCACGAAGCCCAAGCCCCAGGGCAUCCCAAGAGGCCGCUGCACCAAAAGCAACUAUGAAACCCCAAAAGGCUGUGGCUCCAAGGUUCUGUGGCCGUUGGUUGGAGUACUCCUGACCUUGGCUGUGGCUUUGAUCUACACACUGUACUACUUCAGCCGACUACCCAAAAAGUGUCGACAUCAGUUUGCCAAGAAAAGACCAUUGAAGUAAGUCAGAGAGCCCACACUGCAGACUCUGAGACAGUGCUGUAUGUGUCCUUGGACCUCCUUCGAGGAAUCCAAUUGGACUGAACCUGAAGACAGUUUUAUUAGCAUCUCACUUUUCUAUUCUUUGUUCAUUACAGCAAUGAACUUGCCUGAAAAUCCAACUGUCUAAAAGGAAACUCUUAGGAUUCUGUCCACAAUGUUAAUGUCUUUGGCUUUGGUUUUCUAAUUAUGUGGACGUGUCUAAUAUACCACAUUUUUAUGAACAGGUAUUACUCUCUUACAGUGGGGAA